GGGAAACCUCCAACUGUUCGUUCGCGCGAAAUUUUAAAAAUAUUUUUCCUCCGGCCGCAGGGACAGUGAUAUUUCACUGAUUUUGUUUUUAUUUUUGAAAAGAGGAGGAUGAAAACAAGGAAAGAUGCUUCAUUAUUGCUUUUGAAUAUAAAUAUUUAAGGGGAAGGUGAAACAUCUGGUUGUCCAACAAUAUAUCGAUUAAUUCCUGGAUUUCGCCUGAUUUUUUGACCGGGUUUUAAAAUGUCGGUGGCCGUACAGCUGGCCGGUUAUUCGCCCAGUUUCAAGAAGCCGUCUGAAACGCUGAGGCUGAGGAAGAAGCGCGCUCGCAGCUCUCCGCGGCUCGGCCUUCCCUCGGACUCUCCGACCCCGACCGGCAAAGAGCAACCGAGACCCUGCGGCAAGCGGCAGAGGAGGGCAAGGAACCCGUUCGUCAACAUCGGCAACACCGUGACCCGUCCGGGGACCGGGACCAGCUGGCCUGAGGAGUCCGACAACCCGCUACACCGCUCACUCUCCGCCCAGGAGUGGAAAGUCCCGGUCUCCGACGGCAGAACUGAAUCGGUGUCCCCUGUAAAAGAUGAAGAUUCCAUGUGGGAAAGUGAAGAAUUAAUUUCUCAAGAACAGCCAGCACCUGAACUCAUUAAGACCCUGCAAAAUUCUGAUGCAUUUUCUGAACACACAUCUUUGCCUAAAGAUUUUCCUGCAGACUGGAGUGUCAAGACAUGGGUGCUUUUCAAGUCUCCUCACCCUUUUACUUGGACAGGUCAUCUCAAAGCAUCAGAGGAAGCCAAAGGGUUAAUACAACACUGUCGUUCCUCAGUGAUUGAUUUUCCUCUGCAGAUAGAGGACCCAAGGUCAUGCACAGAUCUACGCUGUGCAUUCCAACAGAGUCUUGUAUACUGGCUUCACCCCUCACUGCCAUGGCUAUCACUUUUUCCCCGAAUAGGAGCAGAACGGAAAAUGGCAGGCAAGAACAGUCCAUGGUCACAAGAUGAGGAACUCCAACAAGUGCUGAUGAGUGACUGGUCGCUCAGCUUUAGUUCAUUAUACAAUUUACUACGAGCCAAACUUUGCCCCUAUUUCUACUUCUGCACGUAUCAAUUCACAGUGCUGUUCCGGGCACCGGGAAUGGCAGGAAGUGGUAUGCUUACAGCUGUUAUUUCACCUACAACAAGGGGUCUUAGAGAAGCUAUGAAAAAUGAAGGAAUCAUAUUUUCAAUGCCCUUGUUGGAAGUUAGUAAAAAUGGGAAAAAAGAAAAAAGUGAAAUUGCAGAUGUGGGAAAAGACACUCUGGGCCUUGAAACACAGGAGGAAAACUCAGAUGUUCUUCAAGAACCAGCUGCUAGUAGUGAUGAUGACGAUGAUGGAGGGAUGUCCUGGCUCAAAGAAAUGGGAGUGCAGGACAAAAUUAAGAAGCCUGAUUCUGUGACCAUUAAACUUCGUAAGGAACACAAUGUAGUACGAAUGGAUCACAAGCCUGAAUCAGCUGUACUAGUGAAAGGCCUUCAUACAUUCACUUUACUAAACUUCCUGAUAAACAACAAGAGUAUUGUAGCUGGAUCUGGGCCCCAGGCAGGGCUUCCACCUACUCUUUUGGCACCUGUUGCAUUCAGAGGAGCCACUAUGCAAACAUUAAAGGCCCGAAGCAUUAAUGUAAGGUCACAGAAUCACUCUGGAAUGAUGGACUCCCACAGCCUUGAAAUCACUGGUCCCAUCAUGCCUCACUCACUGCACUCUUUGACACUGAUGCUGAAGUCGGCACAGAAAGGAAGAUUCACAGCCAGCCUUCUUUCACAUGAACCAACUUCUGUUUUAAAUGUAGCCCUUAAAAUGGAGCAACAUGAAAACAAGGACCUAUCUUCAGAUGAAUUACGCAAUAGUGGUCUACAUCCUGAAACACUGAAUCAACUGAUGCAGAAGCCAAUAUUUGGAAAAUCCUCUUUGAAGCAUCUAGAAAUGAACGACUACAAAUAUACCUGGAAACUGUAAACUCUGCCAGCAAUUUUAACGGUAGCGUGAUUGGUCUGUCCCUAGAUACUUUUAUUUGUGUCAAGCAGUAUACAAUUGCAAGUCUUAAGUACAGAUGAGUUUUUGUCUGUGAAAGCCAACUGAAGCAAUGAGGGACCAACAAACAGUACUAAGUGACCACAUUCUUGGCCUGUCCUUAAUGUAGUAUUUUACAUUUAUAUUGGCCACGUUAUAAUGAGUUUAUUUUUAAAUGCUUUUCAUAUUUUUAAUAUUAUCUUUGUCUCGAACUGAUUGGAAAUGCCUCCUUUGAUUUUAAUUGAAAAGGCACCACAUGAGAUCUGUCCUGUCAGAUCUCAGUCCACUAAACUAACUAACUGUACUCUUUGGAAAAGGUGUGGCAUUAUUAAGUUGGUUGACGACUACUGUCUUUAAGAGGCAGAGUGGUUGUUUAACAAAAUGGAAUUUAGUUUUUAUUUUACAUAGAAUAAAUACAUAUAAUCAAUAUCUGUGAAUUUAUGUCCAGAAUCUCAAGUUUCUUUAUUUAAUUUUAGGUCAUUGACAGUAAACUAUAAUAGCCUUCAGGUUCACUAGUGUUAAAUAUUCAACUGUUGAUUAAUCUUGUCAAGUUAACUCCAACUUGAUUGAGUUGUAAAAUUUUUGUUCCAUAUCAAUGUCUAACUUCACAAAAUAGUCUGUUAUCUGUUUGCAUGAGGUUCUGCAGACAGUUAUUUUAUUCAUCCUUUUGACAGGAUAAAAAUAUAUAAUUUUAAUCAUUUGGCUUUUUUGUUUAAACAUCCCUGUUUACUCAGAUAAUAGACAAAUAAGGAAAUGCAAUUUCUACGUCAGUUACUCCAUUGUUCAUUUGGAUGUUCACCUGUUCAAAUAUGAUAUUUUUAAAAACUUAUUGGUUGUUAUAUAAACACUCUUUGAACAAAGGAUAAACCUUGUAGCCCUACGCUGGCUCAUGCAAGUCUAUUUUUAAACCAUGUAAAUAUGAUUAUUGUAUGUCAUUUUACUCAUUAUUGUUUUAACUGUAAAGCAGAGUUGUUUCAGCCUCUCGCUUUCCUGUAUGCACAUCAUUGUGAUCAAGGUUAAAUGUUUGAUUUAACCUGUAAACAAUAAUGAUGCAGACAAAGACAUUUCAGUUUGUAGAAAACAGCAGCCUACUUUGUGAAGUCAGUGAUCAAGCAGAAGAUGUCUGCAGGAAGCAAUUGCAAAUCUAAAACGUAAGUUUGCUGUGCUAAAGUUUUAACUGGUACUCUUGAUCAACCAGCAAAAACAUUUUUUGCCUGAAAUACUGGAAGCUUACAGUAUUAUCACAAUCUCCACAAUGUCAGAAUAGUCAGCUGAUGGUGCAAGAGAGAAGGCUCUUUAUUUAAGUUUUAUAUAAAGCAAAUUUUAAUUAUUUGUGAUUUAUGCUAUAAAUAGUGGUGUGCAGACCACCUACAAUAUGUUUCUACUUUGUCAACCUUUUGAUCAACUGGCACACUCCUGGUUCCACAAGUGCUAGUUAAUAAAAGUCUUGCUGUAAUUACUUAGAUUGUUCCAAUAAAUGUAAAACUAUUGCCAGGCAUGAAAAACCUGGACUUAAAUGUUUUUGUGAAGAAGGUCUUAGUUUUCAAUUAAAACCUACUUGUUAUCACUAAGUAUUUUGGACAAAUUAAAGACAUUAAAUGCACUUUUGGAGACACUGCCUUUAU